CACGGCGAUCGCUCUGGGAAACGUACCUGAGAGGAGAGGGAAAGAUAGGAAGGACCAACCAACGGAGGCCAAGAGGGGAUUCGAGAAGGGAAGCCGGAGCCCUUCAGCCACACCCUCGACAGGGCGGAGGAGGAGAGGCCCAGGCGUCUCCAGGGAUCACCCCCCUCUCCUUUGGCAACUGACGUCAACGCAGCUGUUCCCUUGCAGGGCAGCGGGCACAAGAAGGUGUGUGUUCCUGACAAGAAGUGGCUUGUGCAGUGCUGAGCAAAGGACAGGAAUUAACAAGGCAUUACUGACAAAAGGGGAGGGAGGAAAAGCAUUUCCUUAGCUCGCAGGUAGGCUCUGUUGAAUCACCACCGUGCUUUCUGAGCCCUCGGGGACCGAGUGCAGCAGCCACCCGAGUGGGAAGGCGGGGACGAGAAAUGGACGAUGCUGGGCCGGGGAGCCCCACUGGCCUCGCGCCACACCCCACGGCCACGCUCUGGGAAGCCUGCGCAUUUUUCAAACGUUUUAAGGCUUGGAGAGGCUGUUUUGCUGACCCAGAGAAUUCCAUGACGUCUCCCAGGUUCAGAUCCCGUCAGCGUGGCAGGCUUUCUUCAACAACUGUUUACCGCCGUCCAAAUGCUCUGUGGUUAUUAAGGGAGGGGGACCACGGAGCGCAUGACACCGUCCCCCUCCUAAGAUGUCUCAUUAGAAACAAUGUUUGGACAAAGUGUUGCAACAGAUGCCACCUAAAGGACGGGAAGCACACACCGUCAGCCCCUGACGCAUCUGGCACACAUCUGGCAGACCCUGUGUUAUGGCACACGACGGCCACCGCUGUUUCGCCACAUGUGACACACCAGACCCAACACAGGAGUCCACACCUACCGCAGCAGAGACAGGUGGCUUCUGCUCCCGGUUACCAUGCGAGUCGGGGGGUGCAAGAUGCUUUAGAGCAACGGUCUGGAGAUGACACCUCCGGCUUUGUCAUUAGGAGAGCUGUAAUUCCCGGUCAGGAGUUGGAAAGCUGGCCCAACCCUGUGGUGAAUCAGGAUGCGUUAUGCCCUCUGGAAAGAAGCAUGCAGGUCAUGCUAGAGGCUGGGGGUUUGUGGGGAGCUGUGGAGGAGGAGGAUGUCACCAUCCUGAGGUCCUAGAGUCCCCGCUGAGGAACCGGGCAGGCUAAUUUCCGAAGCCAUAUGCUGGGGCUGGGCAGGACUCGGCUUCACCUGUCUGGCUCGUGCUCUCCAGAGAACAGCUCAUUCAGCCUAAUUCACCAGGAAAUUUGGUUCAGUCUGGGUGCGGCCAACCACUAAUUCUCUGAACGCUCAGUCCUUUCUUCACCAGACCCUCCUCAGCGUGACCGACCCUGGGAUGCUACGGCCUCUGAGAAUUUGUUCUUCCCAGCGGUGUAUUAAGUGUUCUACUAUCGAUUCUCCUUCCUCCUUUCAUUAACUGGCACUAUAAGCAAAGUGGAAAUAAUUUAUUUCUUUUGAGUUAGUAUUAAAAAAGAACAUGCUAGUAAAUAUUCAGCAUUACCUCAACAGGAAAUAAUGUUUAUGCUCUGGUAAGGCUAAUGGUCCUGUGAAAUUUAUUUCUAUUUCCUCUCUCUCAUUCAUUACUUUAUUGGCUUUUUAAAAAUUACAUAGGAUAAAAGGAAAUCUAGAAUGCGCUUAUAAGCACGAAGAUGGCACCGUGAAGGGAAGUAAUUAUGAUGUCGGAAAAAUCUCAAGUUCAUCUCGCUUAUGCUGUUAAAACUGGACAGACGGUCAUUUGUGAGGUCUUAGUGAAACUAUUAAUGUUUCAUUUGAUCAUAAAUGGAAUGUCUCCCAGACACGAGACAGACAGACUGUUGCCAAAAUUAUUUAAUUCUCAGGAAAGAGAUGGUCCAGUCAGUGGUUAGCUGAUGGCUAUAUUUAAGAUGAGCGUUAUUCCCACAAAUAUUUUGACAGGGGAAACUCUGCUGAGCUCUCCGGUCUACAGGCCUGACUGACUUAACACUGUGCCCAACGUUGAUUAAAGAUCCGAGUCUGGAACAGACUUAAGCAAUGUUAAAUAAAUCAUUUAAGUUCCAAGCCACAAUCAGUAACUGUGGGGAGCUGCAAGACAGAUAAAAGAAAAAUGUGCUUCUCUCACCAAUACUCAAUCUUGUUCUGGGAUACUCCUGUAUCAUCCAGGCCAAGGACAACCUCUUUUUGUACCUAAAAUAGCUACAGUUUGUAAGAGCAUAUCUUCUUUCUACCCCUUGUAACAGAUAGUGCAAGUAACUUCUCCCAUCUUCUCGCCCUGUCUCUGCACAUCCCGCUGGUGCCUGUACGGACACUGGUCUGUUAUACAGGACUCCCUUCUGGAGCUUCUAGGUUUGUUGUUAGUGGUUAUGUUGUUUCUGUCACCCAAAUACAACUUUUCAGUCCCUUCAAUUUUAUUUUUCGUCUUCUGACUGCUCUCUAAACUCCUACUUAGCUUGUCAACAUGCAUUGUGCAAUAUGUAAGACAUCGCUUUGUUUAUUGGCAAUGUUUCUUAUUCUGUAAAGGAUUUUGGAUGGUGAGGCACACACAUACCCACGAUAAACACCCACAGUUUGCAGCUCACACAGGGCUUCCAAUUGAACUCCGUGAAAUACACAGAUCAGGAGUUCCUAUCCCCACUGGAUGGAUUAGGAAAUGGAAGAGUAUAAGGACUUAAGAACGUUGCCCAAGGGCACCUGGCUGGCUCAGUCAAUGGAACAU